AUGGCUCCUAAGAAGAGUAAAGCCGCGAAAGCAUUAUUAAAAAAAACUGGAACAAUGGCGGCUACUGCAGCUGCUGGCCAAGAAUUUUUAAAACAAUCAUGGGGUGAAGAUAAAUUAAAUCGAGUUAAUGCCUUACUUGGCGCCCGUGAUAAAACAGAUGCAAGUGCUACUGAUGAUGAUGAUGCAGCAGCAGCAACAACAUCGAGUUCAACUCCUGUUGAUGCAACAACUGCUUCGUCAAGUGCUUCAAGUAGCACAAAGGUUAAGCCUAAAUUAGUAAAAGCACGUACUAUGAAAAAUACUGCAAAAGAAGCUAAAACAUUAAUCGGUUCAGCAGUUCUUGGUGAUACACGUGCAGAAACAAAACGAAGACAAGCAGCUGUUAAAGCUAAAAAAACUCUUGAAGAAGUAACUAAGCCAACAAGUGGACGUAAACCAGCUCUUAAACGACUCGGUACAAUGGCUAAUACAGCACGUGAAGGUAAAGCAUAUGUUAAACGAACUGGUGGUAAUAAAAAGAACGGUAGAGCUACAAGCGCAGGAAAACGAACUGGUGGUCGCGGCAAAAAAGCUACAAAAUAA